AUGUAUGCAAGCAUUAUAUUACAAAGUCAGAAUUUAGAUGUCAUCAGGUACAACACCAGAGAGUUCUUUCCCUACAGUUUUCGGCCCACACAGGCUAAGCUACAUAUAUGGCCAUCGCUUAUACAUAACCGUUAUGCAUCGCAGGCUCGCUACACUCAUACUUACUCAGAUAUCAAGGAUGCCCUGAAUACUGGAGUAAGAAACUCAAAAGAGAGCAUUAAAAAGGACGUACUGGAAUUGUCGUCGACUUCAGCUUCGCCUACUGGUAUAACCGCCGAAAUGAGAGGAUUAUCUUUAAUGCCUUUGAACACGAUUCCUGGAACCGCAGAACUGGGAAGACCACAAUGGUCUAGAAGUGUGCUAAGGAAGUUGGAAAAGGGAAGUACUGGUAUUUGCUCUGCACUCACUUCUUGUAUUAUAGUUGAAUAUCCACCACUUUUACGUGUCCUGGCCUUCGAAAGAGGAGCUGAAAAUUACAAGGCAAAAAAUGGUGGCAAACAACCAGUGUUAAUCCUCGACAACAUAAGUAAGCUGGGCCAGAAAAAUGUGGAAAUGAUGGAGGAUCUGCAGGACCUCGCAAAACUCUAUACUGGCCAGUCCAGUUGCGUCGUUGUGUUUGUCAGUAGCGAGGGAACAUCACACGCUGAGAAAGUUCCCAUUUUCAUCAGAGAUCUAAUUGACGAAGAGGCAUUAACCUACCUCCACAAAAAACUUCACAUUGAGGAAAAGGUCGCCAAUCAACUCAUCGAACUUUUAGGUGGCCGGAUUAAUGAGCUUAAGGAUUAUGGUAAUAAUAUAAAUGAAGGCUAUAAUUUUGAAGAUGUUCGUAAAAUGGUGUUCUAUUCCAUCGAAAAUGACUUUCAUCAGGCUCAAAUAAUGGAGGGCGAAGUAAAUCAUGCCAUUUGCAAUGUCAUCAUUCAGGAGUUGGUAAAAAAUGAAAAAAUCGAGUAUAAUGCAUUCAUUAAGCUCGUCAACAACAAAGAAAUAGCCGAUAAACUGAUACAAGCCAAUGUUUUCUCAUAUAAUCCGGAAAACAAAUUCGUCACCUUCCAGUCUCGCGCAAAAGAAAUUUUUGUGAAAGAGAAUCCGGGAGGAGUUUUCUCUUACUCAAAGCAAUGA